AUGUCUGUUUGCUACAUUAACUCAAUGAUGCCAGAAGAUGAGAAAGAUAUUGUUCUUCACUGUCUUUCUCAAAAGGAUAUCCCCUAUGAUAUACUGUUCAUUACUCCUGAAGCAUUGCUUGCCCCUCAACUUCAAGCAAUUGUAAAGAGAAUGUCAGAGGCAGGAACAUUAUCAAGAAUUGUUGUGGAUGAAGCCCAUUGUGUGGACACAUGGGGGGAUGACUUCAGACCAAGUUAUUCAAACCUUUCUAUUUUUAAAGAACAUAAUGUUCAAAUAGUUGCAUUUACUGGAACUGCAACUGAAGUUACUGCUCAGCAUAUUAUUGAUAGCCUAAAACUUUCUAAUCCAACCAUUUUGAGAAUGUCUUUGGAUAGACCAAAUUUGGUUUUUAAAGUUUUAGAAAAAAAGGAAACAAAGUCUAUGGAAUAUGUGUCUGAAAUGGUUAUUAACAAAUUUCGUGGACUAUGUGGAAUAGUAUAUUGUUUCUCAACACGCGAUACCUUAGACAUGGCGUAUCACUUAAAACAAAGGGGAGUAAAAGCAGUCUAUUAUCAUGGACAGUUGGACUUGUUCAAACGGAAUAAUAAUGCUACCACAUGGCUAGAAGGUCGGUCAGAUGUAAUGUGUUCGACAAAUGCAUUCGGCAUGGGAAUCGAUAAAAGAGAUGUUCGCUUUGUUAUUCAUCAUUCAAUGCCCAAGUCAAAUGAGGAGUAUUUUCAAGAAGCUGGGAGAGCUGGAAGGGAUGGGAGUUCAUCAUCUUGCAUCUUGCUAUUCAGGUUCCAGGACAGAGGAAAGCUCCUUAAGCACAUCAGUGAAAUUGAAGAUGAUGCUCACAAAUAA